UCGAACGUAGAGAAUAAUAACAAGAAUCUGAACGCAUUGUUUUUGACAAGAAAAAGUGCAUUUAUUUGUGGCCGUACAGCAUGGAGGUGUGCGGCAGCAUAUUAACCAACUCCAACUACCAGGUGUUCCGGCUGAAAUGCCUAUACUGCACGAUAGAGAGCGAGCUGAAGGACUGGGAGGCGUUCACCGUUCACGUGCGGACGGCCCAUUUCUGCGAGGAGGAGGAAGACUGCAAGGACACCGUCAAACUCGAGGGCGAGGGCGGCGAUGCUUUCGCUGACUCGCAGGACUUCUGCUUCCCCAAUGACUCCACGGACCAGCACAUCGUCUAUGAGCCGGACGAGCUGUUCGAUGUGAUUGAGACCGUGGAGGAUGUCGGCGACGACCAUUGGAUAGUAACAGAUGAUCAGAAACAGGCGUUUGACAAUACGAGUGAUGACUUUUAUUGGCCUGAUCCCUCGGGCGAAUUUCCAAAUGAUGUCAAACCCGAUGAUGCACCAGAUACAACUCCUGUCACACUCUACCCUAAAAAUGAUCAAUUUACGGACGACAUGAUCAUAUAUGCUAGUGAUUCCUCAAUGUCCGGGCCCGAAGUGGUGGAUAUACCCAAAAGACCUGGUCGACCGCCGAAACGAAAGAGACCCGGUCAGGUUUAUAAGUUCAAAGUAUCCUUUAUUCGGAGCAAUCCACGUGUGUUGCACCUUAUACAAGCGUACAAAGACCAUCCCUGCCUGUGGAAUCCAUCACAUGAGCAUUACACUGACGCAACUGUGCGUUCUAAGGCCUAUGAUGUUAUAAUGAAAUACAUGAACAGUCGGGCCAAUGUGCUCUUCACCGUGGAGCAGCUGAAGAAAACCAUCCAGGAUCUCCACAUCCAGUACACGAUGGCUUGUCAGGCGAAGGAGAACGGCAAGCUGGUUGGCCUGGCAGCCCGCUACAUGGCCAAGAGCGAGUACCUGGCAGUCUCGCCGAAGGUGCUUCCGAGGGAGGAAGUAGAGAAUGAUGAAUUGAAUGUGAUUAAGCUCAACUUUAAAACUGAGAACGUGAUGACUACCGCAUUUAUAGAGACCUAUGCCAACUAUCCGCAGCUGUACAAUCCCUUGAGCCCCGAAUUCGGUUUUGUGGAGGCACGGGCAGUGGCCUACAGACAGAUGGCCCAGGAAUUCCAGGCAGUGGCCAAGGCGAACGAGACAGACAUAUAUAUUGCCGUCGGCAGGCUGCGUCGAUGGGUUUACGAUGCAAUGCGUCGCCUAAAGUCCAAGGAACUGAUCCAAAAGUGUACCCGGCAGGAGGUGGAGUAUCUGCAAUUGUGCAACUUUCUUCCCUCCAAGGGCUCCGAAAGUCAGAUUCUCUUUUGUGAGUUCUGCGAUAAGCGCUUUCACGGCGACUACAAUCUGCUGGUGCACAUGUAUAAGGCUCAUGCCGUGGGCGAAUUGCCUUACCUGUGCUCCCUCUGUCCGCGUCGCUUCGACCGGCAGGUGGACAUGGAGCGCCACAAGCUUCGCUCCCAUUUCGAACGAAAGCUCAAGUGCCAGUACUGUGACAAGGUCUUUGCCGUCGACAACGACCUGAAGGCGCACACGCUCAUUCACACGGGCGAGAAGCCGCACACGUGCAGCAUUUGUGGCAAGAGUUUCCGCCUGAAAUUGCUCCUCGAUCAUCACAUCAAUGGCUACCAUUUGAACCUGAGGCCCUUUCACUGCGAGUUCUGUAACAAGAGUUUCCGCAAGAAGUUCGAGCUAGACAACCACAUCAAGGGUCAUUUGAACAUUCGUGAUAAAAAGUGUGAGCAAUGCGACGCCACGUUCUAUGAUCAUUCUUCACUCUCCAGACAUCGCAGGACACACAAGUGAUGGUAAUACCCUCAGGCUUAGCUUUCUUUAAGUAAUUGUACAUUUGUUUCUUUUAUUUCAUAAACAUGAAAUAAACAAUGAAAUUUAAUUGUUCAUAUUUUGAGGCUGCUAAAGCCUACUUUCUUUAAAUUCUAUUAGUAUUCUAUUAGUGCAAAGCUCCAGGAGGAUUUGUAUAGAGUUGGGAAUUGGUGUUCUCGUAAUAACGGCCUAAUAACUCUAUGUUUCUGUAUUCGAUUCAAUCUAGUGUGCUGCCCUGCAGAACUGAAGCCUUAGAUUUGGGUGUGUUUGAUGCCAAAUUUCCAUUCCCCCAUUAUUUUCCACAUUUAUUUGGAAUCUGGACUCAACCUCCUCAAGUGAUUCGGCAAAAAAAAAAAAAAUGUACUUAUAUUUAGCCACAAUUUAGUAUUAAUUUAAGUUUUUAAGUAGCCAGUUAAAUGACUUCCUUGACGAAAUAAAUAAAUAAAUAAAUAAAAACAUUAGUUGUAUGGUCUAAUUAAUUAAGAGCAAACUGAAACAGAAG